UUUCCGGCGCGCUGUGAUGAUGUCAGGGGCCCGGAGGCAUGGAUGAGACAACAUGAAUAAAGGCUGGCUAGAGCUGGAGAGCGACCCAGGGCUCUUCACACUGCUGGUGGAGGAUUUCGGUGUAAAGGGGGUUCAGGUAGAGGAGAUUUAUGACCUGCAGAGCAAGUGUCCGGGGCCAGUCUAUGGCUUUAUCUUCCUCUUCAAAUGGAUCGAGGAGCGCCGUUCCCGCAGGAAAGUCUCCACCCUCCUGGACGACACGUCUGUCAUGGAGGAGGAUGUGGUCAACAACAUGUUCUUUGCUCACCAGCUGAUCCCAAAUUCCUGCGCCACUCACUCCCUCCUGAGUGUGUUACUAAACUGUAGCGGCGUUCACCUGGGACCGACCCUGAGCCGCAUCAAGGACUUCACCAAAGGCUUCAGCCCCGAGAGUAAAGGUUACGCCAUCGGAAAUGCUCCUGAGCUGGCCAAAGCUCACAACAGCCAUGCAAGGCCGGAGCCGCGUCACCUUCCUGAGAAGCAGAAUGGAAUCAGCGCUGUUCGCACCAUGGAAGCAUUUCACUUCGUCAGUUACGUUCCCAUUAAAGGAAGGCUGUUCGAGCUGGACGGCCUGAAGGUCUACCCCAUCGAUCAUGGUCCCUGGGCGGAGGACGAGGAAUGGACGGACAAAGCACGGAGGGUGAUAAUGGAGCGCAUCGGGCUGGCCACAGCGGGGGAACCGUAUCACGACAUUCGAUUUAAUCUGAUGGCCGUGGUACCGGACCGGAGGCUUAAAUACGAGAGUCGGCUGAAUGUCCUGAAGAUGAACAGACAGACGGUGCUGGAGGCCUUGCAGCAGCUGAUCCGGGUGACGCAGCCAGAGCUGAUUCAGCCCCAGAAGUCCACCGACAGUCAGAGUAACGAGGACGCCAAGCCUAAUGCGAAGUCUGCGCCUAACCAGGAGACGUCCCGUGUUGGCUCCCAGAGUAAUGCCUCAGAUGUGAGCGGAGACGCAGCCGGAUCGGCACAGAGAGGACCCGUCCCUAAUACAUACAGCAAGCUGAAUGCCGUUCCACAUAACGGGAGUGCGACCCCUUCCCAACCCCCCCGGCUCCCCGCUUUCUUGGACAACCACAACUACGCCAAGUCCCCCCUGCAGGUCAGUGCAUAUUCUGGCUCCGGUUUCUCCGGUGCAGUGCCGCGCAGGAAGCUACGAUUUCUGUGGCGCGUCAACUUACAGGAAGCCUCUACAUGUAUCUUUAAUGUCUCCGGCAGGUUCAAGAGAAGAAGUUCGGAGUCUCUGCCCCCACCUCCCGGGCCGGAGCUCCCCGCCAGCGUCCUGGUAGAAAAGUUAAAAGAGACCCAGCGAGAAUUGUGCUCCCCGCUCUCUAUAAAGACCGGGGCCCCCGCGGCCCCCCAUUCCCAACCGUCUCCCACCCCCAGCAACGAGAGCACAGACACCGCCUCAGAGAUCGGGAGCGCGUUCAACUCCCCGCUGCGUUCGCCUCUGAGGUCCGCCAACACCACCAGACCCUCCAGUCCCGUCACCUCGCACCUCUCCAAGGUCCUCUUCGGGGAGGAGGAGCCUCUCUCGCGGCUGGAUAGCGUACGGUAUAACCGCGCGGUGCGGGAACUCGGGCCCCUGGUUGGCACUGGAAUUCUGCACCUCACCCGGGAUGGGCAGCUCUGCUCACUGAGCCGGAAUGAUUCCGGAAAAGUCUCCCCAAAAAUCAAAACGGAGGACGGCAGCGAGAACUCUGACGCCCCCCCGAGGGGAGAGAGGUUCUCACCUAAGGAGCUUCUGGCUUUGUUGAAAUGCGUAGAAGCCGAAAUCGCCACGUCGGAGGCGUGCCUGAGGGAGGAGCUAGAGAAACGCAAGAAAUUCAAGAUUGACGACCAGAGAAGAACCCACAACUAUGAUGAGUUCAUCUGCGCGUUCAUCUCCAUGCUGGCCCAGGAAGGUGAGAGAGUUCAGGCGGGGUUCAGACCUCGGUGUCUGAGGUUUACCUUAUGA